CACACCAAUGCCAGACGCUGAUGACCAGCCAUCCCUUGACCUUCAGCAUCAAACCCUCAAUACGAGGUGUCAACUGACUUCCAUAUCACAUAUAACCUACCUUAUCCAAAUGCCACCUCGACUGCGCCCAAGCAGCCCGCUGUGGAGGACAGCACAGCGCCUACAGCUUCCUCCCGUGUGGGGCCGUGUUCGGUACUUCUCGGCGUCAAAGGAUGCUGCUGCUACUGUUGCUGCUGCUGCCUCUGAACCGCCGUCCCCGAGGUGGCUGAGUGAGCUGCAGGCGCGCAUAGGCAGGUGCGUCAUGUUCGGCUGCUCGCGGGACCAGGUGUCGCGGGCCGCCGUCGUCGUGCGCGCCCUCGCCGCCGAGUGGCGCGACCUCACGGCCGGGAACCUCGGCUUCCUCACGGGCGAGGGUAGGGGGCUGCAGGACCACAAGAUCCUCUGGGGAGUGAUGGAUGCCUUUCAACACGUAAAUAAUGUCACGUAUCUCAAGUAUGCAGAGGGCUCCAGAGUUAACUGGGUCACCAACUUUGCCCGGAAUAUUGACCCUGCGAAUGCCGACCAGUGGAGGGAGCUCAUGACGCCCCGGGCUAUAGGCUUGAUCAUGAAGUCGAUCACGGUGGACUUCAAGCUCCCAGUGACAUACCCAGACACAAUAUCCGUCUACACCCGCCUGCGCGAGCCCAUCGGCGACAGCGACUCCUCCUCCAUCAAGCUCGAGUGUCUCGUGCUCUCCCACCGGCACAGGCGCGCCGCCGCCGCACUACGGGAGGAGAUGGUGACGUACGACUACCGCGCCGCCGCCAGGGCCCCGGUCCCGGGCUUCGCACGGGACGUCCUUGCCGAUACGUGGGCGCUCCAGCGGUGGGAACAGGACCGGGCGCGCGCCAGGAUCGCGGAGCUCGGUCGGCUGGUCGACGCGCUCGAGGGCGAGACGUGGAACAGGGCGGACGCGGCGGAGGACAUGGGGAGCGCGGCGAAGGGGAGUGGGAAGUAGAAGCGAGGGUGGGAUUUGGGCGCUGCUUAUGGGGGGAUGUGUGCAGCAUUUUAGCUGCUGCGCAUCGUCUCGAAGAAAGGGGCAUGGUCUUUUGACUUCAAGAUGAGCUAUGCUGUCGUCUGUUGGUCUGGUCAAGGAGAAACAAAUAUCCAAAUCUAGAAUCGAUCCCAAGCUCAGUAGGCUACUUGCCAACUUCAAGGAUAAUUCCGGAUAUAAGUUGAAUAAAAAAAACUAGACUCAGUCGAAAAUCCCCGCCGGAAACAUUUUCA